AUGGCUCUCUUGGAGACUGCUGGAGGUCCCGCCAGCCCCUCUCCUUCAGGGCGAUUGCAGUGUGAUGUUUGGAGACCCUUGCGGCUGCCGGGGGUUUUGGUGGGGGACGGUCGUCUGGGAGGCAUUUCCACUACCAUUGCGGCACAGGAGUGUCUGCUGCUGCGGGGAUACGAUCUCGCAGCCAUCGUUUUGAUGGACAGCGGAUUGGCCAACUGGAAAUACCUCAGGGAGCACUUUGGGGGCAGGGUGCCGGUCAUUGGCCUGCCCCCCUGCAGCCAACCACCUGAGCCAUCGUGGGAUGGCAUCGAUGAAGCAUUGCAAGAGUGGCUUCAUAAAACCCGGCAGCCAAUGAGCGAGCUCCGGGGACUCUUGCAGCAGCACCACGACAACAGGGUGGCUCGAUUGCUGGAGCUUGGUCCAAAGGCAGAGGCCGCAAUAUGGUGGCCCACCACGCAGCACGGACUGGUGCGGUCCCAGGACGUGCAGACCAUCGAUGCGCGCAGCGGCGAGCACUUUCACGUCCUGUCAAGUGACGGCAGCGGCGCAAGCUCCAUUGAGGCGCGCUACGACGGCUGCGCCAGCUGGUGGACCCAGGGCGUGAACAAGGAGCUGCAGCCGCGGCUGACACAGGCACUGGCGUACGCAGCAGCGCGCUAUGGGCACGUGAUGCACCCGGAGAACGCGCAUGAGCCGGCCGUGGCGUGCGCAGAGGCCCUCCUUGGCGGCGUAGGCCACGGCUGGGCUGAUCGCGUGUUCUUUUCUGCCGAUGGGUCGUCUGCUGUGGAGAUUGCCCUGAAGAUGGCGUUCCGAGCGUACAUGCACGAUAACCCGGGGAGCGAGGAAUGCUCACUGGAAGUGGUCGGCUUGACGGAUGGUUAUCAUGGAGACACCCUCGGCUGCAUGGAUGCUGUUGCCCCUUCUGUCUAUAACGGCCCUCGCCAAACACCCUGGUACAAGGGGAGGGGCCUCUUUCUGUGCCCAGCGAGAGCAGCGCUGGUUCGGGGUAAGUGGCGGGUGAAUUAUGACGAGCACACCUCCGGUGAAGUGCAUUCCUUGGGGGAGGCACCCGGCCUCAGCCGCGAGUUUGACUCCCUGGAGGACCUCUUUGACCGCAAGAGGUGGUCUGAUGACGGUGACUUGGCGACCCACUAUGAGCAUUUGAUUGAUGGGGAGCUUGACAGGUACGAGGCCGAGCGCGGCCCGGGGGCGCGGCUGACGGCGUGCAUAGUGGAGCCGCUGGUGCAGGGCGCCAACUGCAUGCAGAUGGUCGACCCGCUGUUCCAGUCGGUGCUGGCCCGGCGCUGUCGCGAUCGUGGCAUGCUGCUCAUCUUCGACGAGAUCUUCGCCGGCCUCUGGCGCCUCGGCACCGCCGCCGCUUGGACCCGCCUGGGUGUCAUGCCCGACAUCUCCUGCUACGCCAAGCUCCUCACAGGGGGGAUGGUGCCACUCGCGGCAACUCUGGCGAGCAAGCGAGUGUUUGAAGCCUUCCUGGGCCCCAACAAAAUUGAUGCCCUGCUGCAUGGGCACAGCUACUCGGGGUAUCCCAUCGGAUGCGCUGUCGCCGUCGAAGCCCUGAAGCUGUACACUGAUGCCGAGUGUCGGAACAGCCCGGCGUGUUCUGAGCCAUGUGGUCGCCUGGUGGAGCUGUGGGAUGAGCAGCUGCUGAAGGAGCUGUCCAUGCAUGAACGAGUGGCGCGAGUGGUGGCUCUUGGCACGGUAGUGGCAGCUGAGAUCCAGCCGCAGGCAGGCCAGGCUGCUGGCUACGGCUCUCACGAGGCCAAGUCUGUAGUCAUGUGGCUCAGGCGGCAUGGGGUGUAUGCACGGCCAUUGGGGAACGUGGUGUAUCUCAUGGUCACACCCACCACGCACCCCAGCCAGUCAAGGCAGCUGCUGGAGACACUCAUCCGUGCCAUA